ACGCCAUACAUUCUGGUCGGUGCGCGUGACAGACUCCUGGCAUUCAUUCCUCCAUCAGCUCAAUGUCGAACUGGCUGGAAGAGUACGAACGAAUCAAGCCUGAGCCUGAGACUGCCGCCGACGAUACCCCCGAAAGCGACCCAGAUCCGUUCGACGACGAGUCGUACUACCAGGAUCAACUCGGCCAGGCGCAGCUCCACGACAGGGAUGGUCAUGCCUCAAGUCACAGCCUGCCGCAGCAAAAAACCGGUGCUGGCAUCUUCCAGCGAUCGACGGAUGCCAAGGCGAUGGGCGACUCCUUCGUCUUGGUUUCCGAUGACCUUGAUCUAGACACCAAUCGACGUGCCCGCCCUGUCAGACGCAGUGGUCGAUUCACGGCUCCUGUGACUGACAGCGAUUCGGAGCCAGAGAUUCAGUCCGCAGCUCAUCGAAACUUUGGAACCGCUGCCGCUCUGGACAGAACUGCUGCUGGCGGACCACAGACUGGACACACAGCCGGUCUGGCACCUCCGCGGGUCCGUUCUAACAAGGAGCCGGUUUCAGCGAUUGUCAAGACGCUUAGGCGGCUCAGCGUCGCCGACGACAGCCUGAGCAUUGAAGAGCCACACGAAGACGACCUCGAUGGGUUUGUCAAGAUUGAGCAGUCGGGCCAGACCAAAUCAACGACCGGACAGGCGGCCACGGGAACGCCAAGGAAGAAGCAGCUUGGCGUCAAGUUUGGUGCAGAUGAUGGGCAGGGAAGCUCCAUCACGAUUCUGACUCCGGUCAAGGCCAAGAAGCAGCAGCGAGAAGAGCUUGGUGUCGAAGAGGUCCUGACGCCAGUUCGUCGCUCUCGCCGCUUGUUUUGCGAAGCGGACUAUGUGGCCUCGGUCAUGGACCUGGACGCAACUCCGACGACCGCCGGACAAAUCAAGCGAGAGGAUGCGGCUGUGAAACAAGAGUACGAUGACGGGCGACAUCAUGGUCCUGGACGCCUGCAUGACGGCAUCGGAAAGGGCAAUGUUGCCAACGAUGACAGCGAUGGCGACGGCGACGACAAUGAGGGUGAGGAUGACGAUGACGACAUUAUUGUCAUCAGCGCCUCAAAGCGCACGGGCUCAGUUGCCGAUGCCCGCGAUGUGGCCACUAUGUUGAAGGAGCACGGCUAUGCAUUUGCGCCGAAUGAUGCCCUUGCUCCUGCCAGUCGCAAGCACCGAUAAUAUCCGUCGCUGGCGCGGGAGACAGCCAUUGUGCAUCAUUGUCUAUCCUCCAGCCCAGCAUAAAAGCAAGCGGACUUUGCCCCCUCCACUGGCUUUGUAUCCCCCAUUCUGUCAUCCUUAUCUGAUUUGUUUUUCGUUUUUUUG